AUGGCCGCGGAGCCCGUGAAAAUUGAGGUUUUGGGUAUAUCGACGGACAUCGUCGGGGAUGACGAAAAUGGCUUGUCUGUGGUCGACAGCAGUCGAGCGAGCAAAUUGGAAUUGGUAGCUGAGGAUGGCGAGUCCGCCAGGGUAAUUUUGAAGGAUGUAGAAUUCGAAAACUCCGAUGACUCCACUGCCUCCGCUGCCGCCCAAGACGGCGUGGGAGUGGCGGAUGAAGCUGAUGGUGGAGCUGAGCAGAGGGCAGAGGGGGCCAAGUCCGACUCCGAUAGUCCUGCUCUAGAAGAGGAGGAGCAAGAAGAGUGUGGGUUUUGUCUGUUCAUGAAAGGUGGGCCUUGCGGAGAGCGUUUUUCCAUUUGGCAGACUUGUGUAGACGGGGCGGAGAAAAGCGGGGAGGAUAUUGUGGAAAAAUGUGCGCAAACGACCAGUUUGUUGAAGGUAUGCAUGGAGAUGAAUCUCGAGUACUACGGCCCUGUUUUGGAAGCGGAGAGAGCCAUGGAGGAGGUCGCAGCCCAGGAUGAAAAUCAAACAUCAGAUUCCACAGAGAAGCCUGCUGCUACUGGUGGAAGUGACGGGAAGGAGGACGCUCAACCCGAGAGCACGGGGAAAGUAGUAGAAAUUGUCGCCGUCACCGCUGUGGAUGGCGAGGUCACUGAAGUUGUGGACGUUGUCGCCCAAGCCGCAGAUUGA